AGUAAAGUUUCAGCGAACACCUCCAGUUCAACGCGAAGUGUCACCGAAAGACAAAGUACGCCAGAAAAUUACAGCUUCGGUGGCAAAGAAGGAAAACACAGAGUGUUAUUUUUAUGUAAACUUGGUAAUUCUGCGAACUGACGCCUCCGCCGUAGAUUUUUGUCAUAUAAUAUGAGGGAAUUAAUGUAGAGACCAGGGAGGACAGGUCAAGCCCCGGACAUCAUCACCACCAUAACCGUUAUCACGGCUAGCUGGAACAUCCAGAGAACCUAAAAACAUUCCCUGCCUUUGAGAUGCCGAUGCGAAUAUGACUCCAAAAGAUUCAACGACUUUUCUUUAAGCCAGAGGUACGAACUGCCUCCCUCUCAUCAGCGUCCUAUAACAAUCAGUACCCACCACGGCCCUAACCCGAUGCAGCCAUGCAUCUAGAGGUCAAGGUCGCCCUCAACUUUAUUGUGUCCUACCUGUACAACAAGCUGCCUCGCCGUCGAGCUGACCUGUUUGGUGAGGAGUUGGAGAAGAUACUGAUGUCCCGCUUUGAGGGCCACUGGUAUCCUGAUGCGCCCCUCAGGGGAUCGGCUUUCCGCUGCAUACACUUGGGGGCGCCGCGUGACCCCGUAGUGGAGCUGGCUGCCAAAAGAAGCGGACUAGAUACGGAGGAGGUGCGUUCUAACGUCCCUGCUGAGCUCAGCGUCUGGAUCGACCCGUACGAGGUGUCCUACCAGAUUGGAGAGAAGGGGACGGUAAAGGUGCUUUACCUAGAAGACCCCCCAGGCCUCGGAUGCGACGGUGACAGGGCUGAGGCGGGGAAUGGGGAAGGAAAAGGAGAGUCGGAGGCUGAGGAGGCCACAAGUUUGGGAUUUAAUCCAGAUGCUCAGGUGUUUGUGCCAAUUGGAAAUCAAGCAUCUCCGGCACUCAUGCCAUCCCUCUCAAGCUCGCCCACACCUUUGUCAUCUCAGCCUGGACUCUUUAGCUACCCCAGCUCCAGUACUCCUACUGACCCUGGGGCCAAUUCCUCCAACACUUCCACCCCUUCCCCUCCCAGCGGUGUGUUACCCUACCUCCCCACUCAGCAGGCCCCCUCAGCACUCCCUCCAGCCCGUCCACAACCCAUCACCUUCACCACAGCAAGCUUUGCCGCCACCAAGUUCGGCUCCACCAAAAUGAAGAAGUGCAGCGGCACCGGGUCACCAGCCAGCUCCGGUGUCAUUGUGCCGCCUUCGCAAAGGAUGCUCUCCCGCUCUCCCACCAACAUCCCGGCACCGGAGCUGCUAAAGCACAAGCCCCUGUCGUUGUCUCUGCACUCCCUCGGAGGUCAGAUCCCCAGCCAGCUCUCCCCCAGCGCCAAAGAGUUCGUCUACCCAGGAUCGCCAGGCCCCUUUUACUUUGAGGCCGACACCCAGCCCAUGCAGCCUCAGGCCAGCCCUUUCCAACCCUCGCACAACAUCAGCUCCAACCCAGCUUUUGAUGCGUUCGCCAGCCCUUCUGCCCAAAACGUGGGCAUCCUCAGCAGCGGUGCAGGAAUCCCUUACGUGGAGAAACCGGCGUUUGACGGUUUAGGAAGUUACAACCUGCAAUAUCCAAGCCAGUCUUUCCAGCCCGUCGUGCUGGCCAACUAACUAACCCUUUGUUUGGAUUACCAGUCGAGGCAGAGUUGGGUGAAUCUACACGUCUUUGGUUUUCCUUCAAAACAUAAUGUUGACUUCAUCAAAAGUGGGUUUUGCUACGGAGAUUAGAGAAAUAAACAUGUCCACUAACCAUUUUAUGCUUUGUAUCUCCCUUUUCACUCCUCCUGGAACCAUUCGUGUUCCUUCACUUUGCAUUGAUAUCGAUGGUUAGGUGGCGAGAUUCUUUCUGCACCCAGUUCUAUUCAGACGUGAAACAUUUAUUUUCUACUCCUUCUGAAGGACCCGUCUCUAGAGCAGCUCCAUUUUGCACUGCACUGUCAUGCUGUGAAAAAAGGACUUUGCCAAGUCCUGCAGGGAACGACUGCUGUGGAAAACUCAGCACUUUGCUCCGCAAUCUGCUCUGCCCUACUUGCCACAAAUACACAGGAGAAGGGGGGGGUUGUUUUGCUGUCUGUGUGUCGUCCUGCCUCGUUUUGUUAUGGUUCGAUCGAGGGAACGGUUGUUUGUCUCCGUUAUUGGGUGCAUGUAUAUCGAAAGCCUGUUAUCAGUCGCUGGUACGCCUGUGUGAGCGGGAAUGAAUGAUGGGCAGGCAGAGGGAGAGAGAGCAGCGUUGGAGAAUGUAUUUUAUCUGCUGGAGGGAAGCUCUGAAUGUGAAAGACGGCUGAAUUAGAAGGUGAACUAAAUGUUACCUCUUUGUUUAAAGGGAAAAAAACACAAGGAAGUGUGCAGACACAAUUGCACCAUAUGCAUCGAUGUGCACGAUAUUCCAGUCAGCAGUGUGUGAAGGUGAACGGGUGAGGGGCGGGUGGGGGUGCAGCAGCUAAGCAGUAGGGAUUGUGAUAAAUGGCUUAGCAUGACUUUGACUAUGAAGGAGAGGUUUUUCUUUGCAUGGAAGAAGAGGGAGGGAGACCGUAGAGAAACUUCUAGAUGCGCGUUAGUCGCCAGGGUGCACUGGCUCAGGGAAGCGUCGAGUUGACACCCAGAGCACGUUUGUGGUGAACUAAAAACACUACACCAUUCUCUUCUCUCCUCCUUGAAAUUCUCCUGCUGUCUCCAUUUUUUUUUUUUUUUCUCAAGCUGUUGCAAGAAAAAGGAAAGCCGACCGUACAGUCCAGGGUGCUCAGUUCCUCCCCAGCUGCAGUGAAGUGUGUUGCACGGCUUUGUCAGAGAGGGCGUCAGACAUGCGACUCUCCUGGCAUUGUGUGUUGUCAUCGGUUACCGCAGGGAAAGGUUAACCUUCGCAUGUCACAGUAGUUCAGCACUUUAUCACCGGGUCUCCUGUUGUCACUGCAGCCGUCGGCACUAAACCUGCCUUUCAGCUUCUGCUUGGUUGUUGCACAUUUUUAUUCAGAAGACAUUAGAUGGGUUGAAGGAUAAUAUUAGCCUAAACUACUUUUUUAUUUUUUUUUUUUGCAUUAGAAAAGGAUAUGGUGAACCCUUUUGACCUCCCUCUUAACAGUGUUUUUC